AUGAAUAGAUAUCAACCAGCGCAACAAACCUUGCAGUUGAAUGAGUUUAGAUUAUUUUAUCAACCGCCAAAUGAUAAUAAUUUUUAUCAUGUAAAUUUUAAAAUGAUUUUAGAAUUUUCUGAAAAUUGGGAUUAUAGUUAUUACGAUUACGAUUUCUUUUAUGAGGGUUUAGAUGCUAAUUAUUACGUCACAUGUAAAUUAUUACCACCCUCUUUGAUUAUUAGUAUAUUGAAUAAGGAAUUUUAUGAAAUUGACUUCGAUUUAAACGAUCUGAAACGUAAACAUACAUUAACUUGGGGUCAAAAAUAUAAUCUCGAACUAAGUUUAAAACAAGAUCUUCCUUUUCUACAAGAGAAAAUUUUAAAAAGUGAUUUCUCAAAUACUUCAAUUGACCAAAUUCUUAUUCAAUCAUCACAACAAGCGAACGAACUUAGAUUAUUCCAUCAACCACCAAACGAUGAUUUCAUUUAUAAUGUUGCUUGUAAAAUCACUUUACAAAAUUACAAUCAAAAUGACUAUGACGAUUACGACUAUGAAUUCUUCUAUCAGAUUUCAAAUGAUAUUAUUAAUACAAAACAUAUUAAAUGUAAGAUUUUAUCACCUCCUUCAGUUAUAGGUUUAUUGAACAAAAAGAUUUACGGAAUUGAUUUUGAUAUAAACGACUUGAAACGAAAACAUGUAUUAGCUUGGUAUCAAAAAUUAAAUCUCGAACUAAGUUUGAAACGGUUUUUUCUUCAAAUCCCCGAGAGUGAAAUGGGAUUAAAAAGCAAUGUGAGACAAACAGUUUCAAUAACUGACGGCCAAAGUUAUUUCGAUAAUACCAUGCUCCCCCGCGAUGAUCAAUCACAAUUUUGAUACAGUUUAAUAAUUUUUUUUUUUCUUCUUUUUAACAAAACAUUUAGGCUUAAAAUGAUAUUACAAUAAAUUUAAGGUUAUGAAUAAUUAAAAGAAUAUAAAAUUUUUACAAAAAAUAUUUAAUCAAAUUUUAGGUUUAU